UGUUUUAGUUCACCAUCGCGACCGCAACGCAGCGUUGGCGUCGUGCAACACCUUUCAUUGUAUUGACUAUUGACUGAUUCUGAAUACAGAGAAUAAUGUACAAAACUAAUUUAUUGUUUUAUUGUACUAGUUCUUGUUAAAAUAUAUUGUAAUAUAUCUUAGUAUAAGUGUAAUUAUGUCACCGUUUACGUAAAAGUGAAAGAAGACAGCCAGUCAAGUGCUACGCGGCCAUUUUACUUGCAAUGCGGCAACGGUGUACGAUCCGCCAUUGGAAACGGCCAGUGUCUUUUUCUGUGUGCAAGAUUUGUAUUGUGUUAAAGUUUUCAAUUUAGAAACAUAGGAUAACCAUGUGUGAUAAAAGUGUAGUGCGGACUUUAGUGUAGUGAAGCACGGUGGUCGGGUGUUUCGAAUAAUGUGCGAACGAUGGAAAACGAAGUGAAGCAGCGCAAUCAGCGAAACAGGCGAAGGGAACGGGCACAGCGCAUGCAUGCACAGCGAGAGAGUAAGGCUAAAGAUGGGGACAGUGGCGAGGACGAGUCUCCCGCGAGAGAGAAACCACCUCGUCCUCCGGCCAGGAGGAAGAAGUCGAAGGAACCCCUCGGAGAGGAGGAUAUCAUUGAUGGUUUCGCCAUAAUGGCAUUUCGCACCUAUGAAGAUCUUGAGGCUGCCGUUAAAUGUGCUUCCUCACCCCGUACCAACGCGCUGUCGACGAAGCCGCGCCUGCCACUCGCGGCGCUCGCUGCUGACGCUGCCAGAAACCACCCGACUAACAAUGUUAACUCCAACGGUUUAACGCUGCUUCAAGACGCUGGCACGUCAGAUGACAGCGGGCGAGCCUCGGAACGACUGACUGGCAGUUCCGUGGCGCCUCGCGAUCCUGACUCCUCCCGUGAUCGUCUUAGUGACGCCAGUAGCCGCUGUAGUUCCGGAAAAGGCUAUAUCUGUGAUAGUGAAGGCGAAGAUGACAAGGCGAGUCCAGAGAAUAGUCGAAAUGCUUCACCUAGAUAUCACGAUGCAUCAAUGGACGAUGCAUCGGACGCAGGCUCUCUGUUCCGGGUGACAGGCGCAGCAGGCGGCGGAAAGAACGAUUUAGUGGCGCGGGGCGGGAGUGGUGGCGCGCUCGCCCUGUCGCGCGCCCCGGUCGGCGGCAGCGCCAGCCCCGCGCCCGCGCCGCUGCCGCAACCCGCGCCCUCGCCCGCGCCUGCCGCGCUGCCGCCGCCAGCACUGCCCCCGCCUCCCUUCCGUGCCGACACCCCCCACAGACCAAAUGGUGCCCACAUCCCCGCCAUCGACGGCCAGGCUGCAACACAAAUACCCGCGCGACCCGUCGGUGCCGCUGGCCCUGAUACACCUGAACGACCAGCCAGUAACAACAAGCUACAGCCCGGCGCUCGAGCCGCCGCCGACAGCCCGACCCCCGCACCUCCCGCUCCCCCGGCCCCGUCACCACUCUUCCCCUCGCACACUGCGUACCAAUCCCACGCCGCCGCCGCCCUCCCUGACUAUCGUCACACAAAUCAUGAAACGCGAACCGAGCAGCCGGCGGCGGAACAAGCGCAUGCGCCGCUCGAUCUCCAUGCGCACCACUCCUCUCCGCGGCCACACUUACCGCCGACCGCUACCCAGCCCGCGCAUCCUAGUCUCCCCAAUCGCGUGCCGCACACUCCACCGCACACCGUCAUCGCUGGCCAUGACGUUAGAAACGUUACACCUGUCUCCCAACCCCAUCCCGUUCCUACCUCUUAUCCUAACCGCGUCGCGCCGAAUGUUCCUCAAAAUAUCGUGCCACAGAUGCCCAUGCCGACGACCACGGGCUCCAGCUGUCUUCCCAGCCAAACCCUGGCCACUAGACCCGCGUCACCCGCCGCGCCCUCCUCUCGUCCCUACCCCGCUCCCACGAUCGGCUCUAGUCAUGUAAACUCGAGUAUAAGUUCCAGUAUUCACAAUCACACGAUGCCAAGCUAUCAGAGUCAAGCGAGUUUACAGAAACAUUCCGUUCCACCCGGGUAUCCCAACAGGCCGUCACAUUUAGCACCGUUCAGUGUUGCAAAUCAUAUAGCUUCCAGUCAUAUCCCUGCAUCGACGGCGAAUCAGCCGUCAGCUACGCAUUUAAGUCACCCAAUAAACAGCCAUUCCAUUCUAAGCCAUACGAGCCAUAUCCCAAUGAACACUCAUCCCUUAGCUUCCACUCCGAACCACGUUAGCCAACCGCUGCUGCCAACUUCUACGGCGACGAGUACAAUAUCAAAUCUAACCCCCAGUAUAAAGCCGACCGGUUUAUCCUUACCCCCUCACCCCGUUCCUAUAGUGCCAUCGGUGACGCAUCAGCCACAGCACAUGGACACUUCCCCGGUUACCUCGGCGCCGGCUAUAGUUGUGUCGAGCCACAGUUUAAGUCAUUCGUUACCGCCCCCGGUGGUGGAUACAAGACAAGCGGUGACGUCUACCGAACUGCCGACUAGAUCGGAUAGUGUAGCGGUGGUCAGCUCGUCGCUAGCACCAAACGGCUACCCUCCUGCUGCUGUAUAUUCCAACGCGUAUCCGACUUUAUAUGCACCGUAUGCGCCAACCUUACAACACAGUCCGUACCUUCCACCAUCUGCAGCGUCACCUAGGAACACCACUGACACGAGGACUAGCUUAGCUGCAUCGCCUCUGGUGGCUCCAAAAACUCCUAAGGGUGUGCGUCCACACACCCCUGGCUCGCUGGGCGCGGCCGGUGUGCACGCACCAUUAUCCUAUUCGCCUAGGACGCAAAGUCCGAGCAGGGAACGAGAGAGUUUCAGCAACAUAAGCAGCCUGUCGCGCAGCACGCCCGCGUCGGCGGCGAGCGUGUCGGCGCCGUCGCUGGUGCCCACGCUGCCGGCGCCGCUGCCCGCGCCGCUCGCCGCACCGCUGCCGGCGCCGCUCGCCGCGCCCAUACCCGGUCCGGUAUCGACGCUAAGCGGUCCCGUGGGCCUGGCGCCGCCCGUGGGGCUGGGCAUGGGCCCGCUGGCCACGCUGGCCACGCCCACGCCCACGGCGCCCGCGCCCGCGCCGCACCUGGCGCACUCGCUCGCGCCCGUGCCCACCGUGCCCAGCAUCAGCUCGAGCGCCAAGCCGCCCGCGCACUGGGGGGUAACCAGGCCGGCGGGUACGGAGCGCAGUGCGGCGUUUGCGCCGGCGCCGCCGCUGUUCGGCGCGCCGCUCGCGCCUAACCCGAGUCCCUUCUCUGCGGAAUCAUUAUUCCAAACCAGCCCGGGCGCGGACCUGCUGCGGCGCGAGCUGGACAGCCGGUUCCUGGCGGCGGCGGGCGCGGUGGGCGUGCGCACGGAGCUGCACCACCACCAGCACCAGCACACGCACGUGCACCAGCACCCGCACGCGCACCACCCGCACCAGCUGCUCUUCAAAGACGUGAACAAGAUGUCAUCGUUGUACCGCACGGGAUUGAACCUGUACCCGUACUCGUCGGGUCUGCUACACCCCUCCGCGCCAUACGUGCCUCCCGCGCCGCUCACUACCUAUGCACCUAAGCCCAUAGUGUCAUCUACAAGCGAGUCCGCCCCUAAACCACCACCACGCCCUGCUGUCGCGAAAACCGGUAAAUGGAACGCGAUGCACGUGCGCAUCGCCUGGGAGAUCUACAACCACCAGCAGAAGGAGAAGAGCGGCGCGGGCGGCGCGCCGGCGCUCGACAAGGAGAAGUUGCGCGCCUUCCCCGCGCCCGCGCCCCCGCCGCCCGCCUUCCGCUCGCCCUACGACCUGCCCGCGCCCUACCUGCACCACGCGCCGCUGCCGCUCGUGCGCCACCCCGCGCACGCGGCGCACCCCGCGCACCCCGCGCACCCCUCGCACCCCGCCCACCCCGCGCACCCCGCGCACCCCGCGCGCGCCUACGCGCCGCUCGGCGAGCGCGACCUCGGCGUGUCGCCCUUCGCGCGCUACGGCGCCGGCGCCUUCCCCGCGCCCGGCCCUUACGGGCCGCUGCCCUACGGCCGCGAGCUGCUCUCGUCGCCGCUGCACGGCGUGCACCACGCGCCGCUCGUGCACGACGCGUGGCGCACGCGGCCGGCGGUGUCCGCCGCGGCCGAGGUGCGGCGCGAGCACGAGGAGCGCGAGCGCGCGCGCCGCGAGCGGGAGGAGCGGGAGCGGCGCGAGCGGGACGAGCGCGAGCGGCGCAAGGCGCGCGAGCGGGAGCGGGAGCGGGAGCGCGACCUGGAGCGCGCGCGCACGCGCUCGCCGCUGCGCAACGGCGCGCCCGACAAGGAGGACCGCAAGCCGCCCGCGCUGCCCGCGUACCCGCCGCCGCACUGGGACCCGUACCGGCCGUUCGACCUGCAGCACAUGCGGUUCGCGCCGCUGGUGGAGGCGGCCAUCCGCGCGGAGGAGGACCGCGCCAAGAUGCUGAGCGCGUACGCGCACCACCAGCAGCUGAAGGCGGGCCCGCUGCUGCACCGCGCGGCGCACGGGCUGGCGCCGCCGCUGGCCCCGCUGGCGCCGCUGGCCGCGCCGCUGGCCCCGCCGCUGGCCCCGCUGGCGCCGCUCGACCUGCUCAAGAAGGAGGAGCCGCGAUGAUAGCGGCCCCUCGCCGCCGACGUGUACAUAGCGUAGCGCGAACGAGAGUAUGAUUCGACGUAUCGUUUGGUAUUAUCGGUUUAGAGAAUUAUUUAUUGUAACGUCGCUUUAACGUCGCGCCGGCGUCCCUAGUGUAUAUACGAGGGGCGGAGGUCCGGCCCGCGAGUGCAAUAUAGGACGAGAUCUCGGACGCCGGCCGCACACUACUGCUUGUUUAUUUACAUGAGAAUAUCUAACGAGUUGUUAUUGUGUCACCAUCAUUAGUUAAUUAUACAUCGCUGGUUAUGUGAAGAUAGAUAGGAUUAACGGAAUCGCUAUCGAUAUAAUUAUACAUAUUUAUAUAUACUUAUAAAUAAAAUGUAAAUAUUAGAUUGUAAAUUAGUAAUUAAAAUAUAGAAUCGGUUUAUUUAACGUCAUACAAAGGAAAAAAAUCCCAUAAAUUAUUAUUGUAUCGGGAGUUUAAUUUAUACUUCCGUUAAAAAUCUCAAAAUGGAUUUUCAAUUGUACCAGUGGAGGUUUAUUUAUUUAUUUAUGAUGUACUCGUUUCUUCCGAGAUUGUUAACGAUCCACACUGCGACUUCUGUUGUACGAACAGUUGAUUCUUUAAAUGCAUUUAAAAUAUGUGAUAUUAUUGUAUUGUGGAAUGCGUUUUGUCUGACUUCAGAGUAGUGUCUGUUUGCAGUUAGAUAAUGAUAUUACAUUUAUAUUCAAAUUCGUGUUACCUUCUUCCUUAAAUUAUUUUCUAGUAGAUUUCUGUGGACAAUAUCAAGCUAACGAUGCUUCCGUUAAAUGUUUUUAUUGAACUCGACAUGUGCCAUUUUUGUGAAUGUUGUCAGACAAAAUUAUAAUAAAAAAAACCUGUUUUAGGGCACAUUUUGAUAAUUAUGUUCUCAUUAUUUCAUUAAGAAUAAAUCAGAAAUGUAUUAUAGUUUAUACAAAAUCAUUCUGUAUACUAAAAAGUAAAUGAAAGCUUGGUGCGAUUCAGAAAAUACCAUUAAAACUUUUGAUUUUUAUACCAA